AUGGAUGACGAAACCUACUCGAACUCGGACUCUGACUCGGACUUGGACUCGGAGUUCUAUUAUGAAUGCAAGAUGAUCUAUGAAUUCGACGCGUCGACGCUGAAGACUGUCGGAAUUCCAUUCGAAGGGCACACCAAGACUGUCCUCGGUCUAGCACUUUUAUUUGACGGCGUCACGCUAGUGCUUCCUUGGACAGCACCAUCAAGCUUUGGGCGUUUGAGCCCCGACAGCUCCUUGCUUCCCUCGACGUUCUUUAUGUCAAAACCCUCAUCCUCACCCGACUCACGUCAAUCUGACACAGCCCGUCGUCCCACCGCCGUGCGCAGAACCCCAGCAAAACGAUCUGUCAUUAUAUCUUCUUCCCCCAGGCAUCAAAUCCAUUCGCCCACAAUAGGCCAUCAACAGCCCAUUUUCUUUCGCCAUGUCCGCGAACUCUUCCACUCUACUUCUCGCGUGAAUUCAGUUCCUCUUGUACAGCCUCGCGAUCUAUGGGAGUUCUCUGCUACGUUGCCCUUGCCUCCCAACCGCCCGGCCUUGCAGCAGGCCGCAACUCAGCUUGAUCAUAUCAGUCUCCAGUUUCACUCUCCACCCCGCCACUCCAACGGAAUCAUGCAGUUCCUGCGUCAGGGCCUUUCUUUCCGUAGGUCCGGACCCCAACAUGAGCUACCAGUCAUUGAAGUCGCACCUGGGCGGAAAUUUACUCGUCUUGCUACUGCCAAAUUACCAGAAUACAGGAAAGUCGAUGACACUCGGCACCCCUCUAGACAGCAGACUACCGGACCGCAGGAUGAUCCCUCGUCUGAUUCGUCUGACAUCGAUUGUCUCCCAGAUAUUCACUGGCUUAAGGCUCUCCUCUACUAUUCUUCGUGUUGUUCUCAUGGCAGACUCAGGACGCCUCCGCGAUGGCGCUUAGAGCGUGUUGACACACCUCGCUAG